UAUAGUUUAAGUAAUGGAUUUUAAUUUUGAAGAUUUAUCUGCUCAGUUUGAUAAAGCCGUCUCUUUUAUUUCUGGAUCUAAUUUAUCUGAUGUUGACACACAGCUUAGAUUGUAUGGAUUUUAUAAGCAAGCGAUAGAAGGUGUAUGUACUCUACCAAAACCUCCAAUAUAUGAUAUGAAAGGUCGUAAGAAGUGGUAUGCCUGGUCAGAAAUGGGUUCAAUGUCUAAAAACGAAGCUAUGGCUUCAUACAUAAAUUUAGUGAGGACUAUAAAUCCAAACAUAGAAACAGAAAAAACCUCGGAAAAAACUGGAUGGGUGACGGUAAGUACAUUUGCCAAUGAUGAAGAACCUCUGUCGGAAAACGAAAAAACUAUUAGUGAUUGGGUUAAAGAAGGAGACUUAGACAAAAUAAAGACUUUUAUAGGUAAUAUAAAUAUUCAUGAUUGUAUGGGAAUGGCACCGAUUCACUGGGCUUCAGAUCGUGGUGAUUUGGACAUUUUGAAAUGUUUAGUAGAAAAUCAUUCAGCUGAUGUUAAUUUUCAAGAUAAUACGGGCCAAACAGCUUUACAUUACGCUGUAUCUUGUAGUCACGAAGAGAUAUGCAAAUAUUUGGUUAUUGCUGGUGCAAGAAUAAAUAUUCAAGACGAGGAUGGAAUUACUGCCCUAGACAUGUGUUCGGAUGAAAAAUUAAAAUCAUUAUUGUCAAUAAAUUAAAUCUAUGUCUAUACACAGUUCAAUGUAUAUAAUUCUAAUCACAAAAUGUUAAAACAAAAUUAAAUAUUAUUGUAUGUAAGAACAAAAUGUAGUAUGUGUUAUGUAAUA